AUGACACCCUCAAACAUGCCUAAAGAUGGAAGAGACCGUUUUAUGCCCCUCAAGAGAUCUCCACUCUCCCCUUUUUCACAAUCCCUUCCUGGAGACUCUCCGGAAGAAAACGACAGCAACACCAACCAAUGGGAGGACGCCAGGUGUCCCGUCUGCAUGGAACACCCCCACAACGCCAUCCUCCUAACAUGCUCCUCCCACUCCAAUGGCUGCCGCCCCUUCAUUUGCGACACGAGCUACCGCCACUCCAACUGCUUCGACCAGUUGCGAAAGUCGUUUUCCGGCGCUGAUCCCGAGCCCUUUGACGAGCCGAAGCAGUUCGUCUGCCCUCUCUGCCGUGGCCCAGUCAGCGGGUGGGUUGUGGUCGAGCCUGCCCGGAAAUUCAUGAACGAUAAAGUAAGGAGCUGCGCAUCCGAGACUUGCGACUACAGUGGGAGCUACAAUGAGCUUAGGAGGCACGCGAGAUUGGUGCACCCGCUGGCAAGGCCUGCUGACGUGGACGUGGAGAGGCAGCACAGCUGGCGGAGGCUGGAGAGGGAGCGGGAAAUGGGGGACUUGCUCAGCACCCUCCGUGUGUCCAUGGAAAACGAGAUAGAUGAGGGUGGCUGGCUGACUAUGUUUUUCCUUGUGAGGUUCAUUGGGCUGCCGAGAGGUUCGGAUGGGCCAAGGGGUGGAGAUACUAUGCAGGCUUUGAGAAGGCUGUGGUAUGAUGGGGAAGAUGAGGAUGAGGGGCCCACUGGGCCUGGGCCCAGCCGGUAUGUGAGGAGGCGUAGUAAUCCUGAUGCCAAUGAAUGA